UGGAGCUGGCAGCCCGCCCCGGGGUGAAUUCAUUGAAGCCUGGGGGUGGCUGGGAGGAUGCACCCCCUUCCCUAGGGGUAUUGGGGUCACCGUGGCAUUAGCCCAGAGCAAGCCCGGCUAGGCUGACUCAGCGCCCCAGGUCGGGCCCUUGCUGCCCUGCUGCCCGUUGGGGGCAGAGAUGGGCGAUGGCGCCGGUGCUAGCCCUGGUGCUGCCCGUGCAGCGCCGCAUCCAUCUGGCACAAGGGCUCUGGCUCCUGUCCUGGUUGCUGGCGCUGGCCGCAGGCCUCACCGUCCUCUGUAGCGGGCACCUCCUGGGCCAGGUCUGGCAGCUUGGCCCCUUCCUGGCUCCCACCUGCCCCUUCCCGGCUCUGCCCCAGGUGGCCCUGGCAGCAGGCGCAGUGGCUCUGGGCACGGGGCUGGUGGGAGCAGGAGCCAGUCGGGCUAGUCUGGACCCUGCUCGAUACCCUCCCUGGAGAGGGCUCCUGGGCCCGCUGCUGGCAAUUGGCACCGUCCUCGGUGGGGGUCUCCUGUUGGUGGGCUUGGUGCUCGUCCUGGCUUUGCCUGGGAGUCUGGACCAGGGGCUAGAGCAGGGUCUGGGCGCCGCUUUGGAACACUACAAGGACACGGAGGUGCCUGGGCACUGCCAGGCCAAGCGGCUGGUGGAUGAGUUACAGCUGCGGCAUCACUGCUGCGGGCGCCAUGGGUACAAGGACUGGUUUGGGGUGCAGUGGGUCAGCAGCCGCUAUCUGGACCCCAAUGACCAGGAUGUGGUCGACCGGAUCCAGAGUAACGUGGAUGGUCUGUACCUCACUGACGGGGUCCCUUUCUCCUGCUGCAACCCCUACUCCCCACGACCUUGCCUGCAGAGCCGGCUCUCAGACCCCCAGGCCUACCUGCUCUUCAAUCCUCGACAGCCCAACCUGAACCUCUGGGCCCAAGGGUGCCAUGGGGUGCUUCUGGGGCACCUGCAGUGGUUCGUGAGCACACUGGGCAGCGUGCUGGCAGCCACCUGCUUGCUGCAGGCUUUGGUGCUCAUGGGCCUGAGAUACCUGCAGACAGCACUGGAGGCGCUUGGAGGCGUCAUCGAAGAAGGGGAGACCCAGGGCUACCUCUUUUCGGGAGCACUGAGGGACACACUAAAGGCCUUGUGGGCGAGGGCAGGGGGAGCCAACAGGCCCGCCCCUGAGGAGAUCCCAGCUGAGGAGGAAGCUCCUGAGGAAGGUUUGCCUGAAUAGUGAGGCAGGAGUUGUAGUUCAAAGAGUGAGACACUUAGCUCAUUGAGGCUGACGUGAGUUUGAUCCCCAGCACCCCAUAUAGCUCCCCAAAACCUGCCAGGAGUCAGCCCUGAGCACUACAGGGUGUGGUCCUAGACCAAACUGAGGGGAAGGUUCUGGGAAAUGAAGGAGGAAAAACAGGG